CAGAGAUCCAUCUCUACGGUAUUUGGGUUGUCCGGUUAUAUACGCUAGGAGUGUCGCAGUUGUCAACGAGCACGAGCACGAGGUGAAGCAGAAAUGGAGUCGCAGCCGCAGGUAGUGAAGAAGAAGGAGACGAGGGGCCGGAAGCCGAAGCCCAAGGAUGAUAAGAAAGAGGAAUCUGGGAAGGUGAAGGAGGCCAAGAAGUCCCAGCAGCCCACCGUCGACGACAAGUACACCCAGUGGAAGUCUCUCGUCCCUGUCCUCUACGACUGGCUCGCCAACCACAACCUCGUCUGGCCCUCUCUCUCUUGCCGGUGGGGUCCUCAGCUCGAGAAAGCCACUUACAAGAAUCGCCAGCGUCUCUAUCUCUCUGAACAGACUGAUGGUAGCGUUCCAAAUACUCUGGUCAUUGCAAAUUGUGAAGUUGUCAAACCUAGGGUUGCAGCUGCAGAGCACAUAUCCCAGUUCAAUGAAGAAGCACGGUCACCAUUUGUAAAGAAGUACAAGACCAUCAUACAUCCUGGGGAGGUGAACAGAAUCAGGGAACUCCCACAGAACUCAAAGAUUGUGGCCACUCAUACUGACAGUCCUGAUGUUCUCAUCUGGGAUGUUGAAGCUCAACCUAACCGUCAUGCUGUCCUUGGAGCUACCAAUUCUCGUCCAGAUUUGAUUUUGACUGGACAUCAAGAUAAUGCAGAAUUCGCUCUUGCAAUGUGCCCGACUGAACCCUAUGUGCUAUCUGGAGGGAAGGACAAGUCGGUGGUUUUGUGGAGUAUUCAGGACCAUAUUUCGGCAACAGCCACAUCACCAGGAGCCGGGGGAUCAAUCAUUAAACCAAACUCUAAACCUGGGGAAGGCAAUGAUAAAGCUGCUGAUGGCCCUUCUGUUGGACCAAGGGGUGUCUACCUUGGGCAUGAGGAUACAGUUGAAGAUGUGGCAUUCUGUCCAUCCAGUGCGCAGGAGUUUUGUAGUGUUGGUGACGAUUCUUGCCUUAUAUUGUGGGAUGCACGAGUUGGCUCCAGCCCAGUUGUUAAGGUUGAGAAGGCACAUAAUGCUGAUCUUCACUGUGUCGAUUGGAAUCCCCACGAUGAUAACCUUAUUCUAACUGGAUCAGCAGAUAAUUCUGUCCGUAUGUUUGAUCGGCGAAAUCUCACUUCAAAUGGAGUUGGGUCUUCUAUAUAUAAAUUUGAGGGUCACAGAGCUGCUGUUCUUUGUGUUCAGUGGUCUCCAGACAAGUCAUCUGUCUUUGGGAGUUCUGCAGAGGAUGGUCUCUUGAACAUCUGGGAUUAUGCUAAGGUUGGUAAAAAGGUAGAGCGAGCAGCAAGAAGUCCAAGUUCUCCUCCGGGGUUGUUUUUCCAGCAUGCUGGGCACAGGGACAAAGUUGUUGACUUCCACUGGAAUGCAUUUGAUCCAUGGACAAUUGUUAGUGUGUCUGAUGAUUGUGAUAGUACCGGUGGAGGAGGGACAUUGCAGAUAUGGCGCAUGAGUGAUCUGAUCUACCGACCUGAAGAGGAGGUUCUGGCAGAGCUGGAGAAGUUCAAGUCGCAUGUGGUUGCUUGUGCUUCAAAGCCUCGAGAGUCCUGAAAAGCUUUUUAGCAAGCCUGUAAAAUUAACAGGAAACAAGUCUUUGAAGGAGGGUAUAUUAUAUGGAUUUGGAGCAUCUAUUAUUGUCUUUAGGCGGAGAAAUUUCUAUCAAUGUGUUUGUUGUAGAAGAGUCUUGUGGACUGGUUUUGUCAGACCAUAGAUGUGAUAGUCCUAGGUGGUGGGUGAAAUCAUCCUUAUCUCAAAUGCUCAGACCAGGUCAUGACUGUACUGUUUGGACCAUUACAGAUUUUAUUUAGUUUAGUAAAACUGGUCUCAAUGCGUUC